GGUUGUGUCUUAUUCUCUUUCUUCGUCAGUUAAGAGUAGAAUUGCGUCGCUAUGGCAAGAACAAAGCAGACCGCCCGUAAGUCCACCGGUGGUAAAGCCCCGAGGAAGCAGCUUGCCACCAAGGCCGCUCGUAAGAGCGCCCCAGCCACCGGCGGCGUGAAGAAGCCUCAUCGUUACAGGCCUGGUACCGUAGCUCUGAGGGAGAUUCGUCGUUAUCAGAAGUCGACCGAGUUGCUGAUCCGCAAGCUGCCCUUCCAGCGCCUGGUGAGAGAAAUUGCUCAGGAUUUCAAGACCGAUCUCCGUUUCCAGAGCUCUGCCGUCAUGGCCUUGCAGGAGGCUAGCGAGGCAUACCUGGUCGGCCUGUUCGAGGAUACUAACUUGUGCGCUAUCCACGCCAAGAGAGUCACCAUCAUGCCCAAGGACAUCCAGUUGGCCCGCCGCAUUCGCGGAGAGCGUGCUUAAACUGCUCGCUCGGCGUAAUAUCCCAAAAUACCCAAAGGCUCUUUUAAGAGCCACCUAAAUUGUUUCGCUGCAAAAUGAGCAAGUCGCCUUGGCAACGCUUCUCACCGAUACGUCGUUAUUAUAACGUGCAUCUGACAUGUGCUUCUAGAUUACGGGCAACCUAGUUUGCUAUGAGGGUUAAUUCCAUAGCUGAGAAACUAUGGCAACGGUAAGGAGCGUUGUAUUGUGAGUCGACAAGAAACUUUGUAGUAAGGUCGUCUGGGUUAGCGGUGCUCUAGCGGGAGUAUGACGUUCACGUCAUCAAAAUGUAUCACUGAGAAACGAAACUGAUACAAGUCUUUCAGAGAUGUCAGUGUCUUUUCUUCGACUGAAAUAAAUAUGUACUGGUGCUAUUAACUAAAUUCUAGACACGGACGUGGUUUUCAGACCUGUUCUCUAUUAACCUUUGUGUCUUGGUGGUAACACAACUUUCAUGGAAAAAAUGAACAAAAACAAUGUUUCAUUUUUUAAAUGAUUUGUUUUGUUUUCUGUGAAAGUCGUUAGCUUUCAAGUUGCGGAGAACUAUUUAGUGGUGGCUCAUUUUUGAUCAGAAUGCUGUCAGAAUAUAAAUGUAUAAUGCAGAACAAUUAGCCAGUUUCUCUUGGGAGAAACAACAACAACAAAAAAACAACACCAACAAUAAUAAUAAACCUAUGGAAUGGGUAUGUCCUUCUCAGAAAUAAUUUCUAGGCUUAGCUGACAGCCACUCUCAUAAAGGUUUGUUUGCUUUUGUAUCUGCUGUUGAAAUAAACACAAUAAUUGUCUUUCAUCAUAAAAAGAAA